AUGAGGUCUUCGCUGCGAAUGUCGAUGUGUUAUAAGCGUGGGGGCUGUCCUGUGGUGCCGAGCUGUGAUAUCCUCGCUGCUGUGGAGGAGCUGAAGAUGCGUCUCGGUUACACAGUGUGCAUCCUAGGUGACGGCUACAUCACUGAUGACAGUUGCCAGAUCCCCCGUUACGACUUGACUCGGUCACAGACGACUAGCAAGUUCCUAGAGGCUCCCAGGUUGCUUCUGAUUACUGGCGGGGAAAGUCAGAGGCGAGCGGAUGAUCUACUGUACAAGGCUGAUGUUUUAUGCGAGGUGCCCUAG